CCGGGGCCGGGGCCGGCUCGGGCCUGUGGGGCCCCGCGAGCGCUCGCAGCGGCUCUUCCCGGGGGCCGCGCUCCCGGAUCCGCUUCCUGUUUCUGCUUCCUGCGGCCAGAGCUCCUGGCGCUGGCGCUCCUCUCUCAGCGCUCACCGGGGCUACCCAGUCACUUCCUCCCUGGUCCCCCGCAGCCUUUACCCGGCCCCUCGCUGUCAUCCGCCUUCCCCCUCUGAGCCCCCGACACCUCCAAGCCUCGGCUCCCGGCGGGGCGCCCUCUCUCGGCGUGGAAAACGCAGGUCCGGGGCGACAGAAGCCCCCAGAGGUGCUCGAGGCCUUGCGGGCCGGGGGCGCCGAGCCCAGAGGAUCCCAGACCGUGCACGCCUCGCACCCAGCGAACCAGACCCACCUUGAUCGGAAGGAGGAUCCUGUUGGGCGGGCUUGCCUGCGAUCGGAUCUGAAGAGUCGAGAGCCCAGCAUCGACCUGCUCCAGGCCUUUGUGGAGCACUGGAAGGGCAUUACACAGUACUACAUCGAGAGCACAGAUGAAACCACCCCAGCCAAGAAGACAGAUAUUCCCUGGCGGCUGAAGCAGAUGCUGGACAUCCUGGUGUAUGAGGAGCAGCAGCAGGCAGCCGCCGGCGAGGCUGGGCCCUGUCUGGAGUACCUGCUGCAGCACAAGAUCCUGGAGACCCUGUGCACACUGGGCAAGGCUGAGUACCCCCCAGGCAUGCGGCAGCAGGUGUUCCAGUUCUUCAGCAAAGUCCUGGCCCAGGUGCAGCACCCACUACUGCACUACCUCAGCGUGCACAGGCCGGUACAGAAACUUCUGCAGCUCGGUGGGGCAGUCCCUGGGUCCCUCACGGAAAAGGAGGAAGUGCAGUUCACCAGCGUCCUGUGCUCCAAGAUCCAGCAGGACCCAGAGCUGCUCACCUACAUCCUGGAAGGUAAAAAGAUUAUAGGGAAGAAGUCAUCCAGAGAGUCUACGGCCCUGUCUGAAGACACAGGCAGCCACAGGAACAAGGACUGUUGUCAAAACUGUGCUCCUGACAGGGGCCCCCAACUGUAUGGGGAGCACUGUGGGGGCCAGGCUUUGAACAGCCAUCUGCCUGCUGAGACUGAGGGCCCAGAUAGGCCUGGGGAGAGCAACCUGAUCACCACCCUGCUGGGGCUGUGCAAGAGCAAGGUGCUGGCUGCAGAGGCGAAGGGUCGGGUGGCCCUGAAGGCCCAAGAGAACCUGCUGCUCCUGGUGGGUGUGGCCUCCCCAGCAGCUGCCACCUACCUGGCUCAGAACAGCCCCUGUUGCAUUGCGAUCUCAGAGCAUCUGUGCCAGCUGUACCAGGCCCUGCCCGCCUUCCUCGACCCUGCAGACAUCGCCGCUUUAGAGGGCAUCAGCUGGAGGUUACCCAGUGCCCCAUCCGAUGAGGCAUCCUUCCCUGGCAAGGAGGCCCUGGCUGCCUUUUUGGGCUGGUUUGAUUACUGUGACCACCUUAUCACAGAGGCGCACACGGUGGUGGCUGAUGUCUUGGCAAAGGCUGUGGCCGAGAGGCUGUUUGUGGAUACCCUGCAGCCUCAGCUCCUGCACGUGUCUGAGCAGAGCAUCCUGACUUCCACCGCCCUGCUGACAGCCAUGCUGCGCCAGCUCCGCUCCCCACCGCUGCUACGGGAAGCUGUGUCCUUCUUGCUGGGCUCCCACCAGCAGCCUGCAGCGGCUGCCGAAGACAAUACACACACCCUGCGUGACUACCUCAUUGGGCACUGUGACCACCUCUCUGAUGAGAUCAGCAUUGCCACUCUCCGGCUGUUUGAGGAGCUACUGCAGAAGCCCCACGAGGGGGUCAUCCACAGCCUGGUUUUGUGUAACCUGGAGGGCCGCCUGUAUGUGGCCCGGAGCUCACCGGAGCCCGAGAACUAUGAGGAAACCAUAGACCUGGAGGAAGACCCCUACUUCACCGAUGGCUUCCUUGAUUCCGGCCUCCAGCCCUCUACAAAGCCUCACCAGGCUCCUGCCACUUCGGAUGGCAAAACAGCAGUGACAGAGAUUGUCAACAGCUUCCUCUGCCUGGUCCCUGAAGAAGCCAAGACUUCAACCUUCCUGGAGGAGACCGGGUAUGACACAUACGUCCAUGAUGCCUAUGGACUGUUCCAGGAGUGCAGUUCCCGUGUUGCCCCCUGGGGUUGGCCCCGGACUCCUACCCCUUUGGACCCCUAUGAACCAGAACGGCCUUUCUUUGAGGGUCACUUUCUCCAAGUAUUGUUCAAUCGCAUCGCCCAGAUUUUGGAUCAGCCCUACAGCCUAAACCUACAAGUGACCUCAGUCCUGUCCCGGCUCGCCCUCUUCCCCCACCCCCACAUCCACGAGUACCUUCUGGAUCCCUACAUCAACCUGGCCCCUGGCUGCAGGAGCCUGUUCUCUGUGCUGGUCAGGGUGAUCGGGGACUUGAUGCAGAGAAUUCAGAGGAUACCCCAGUUCCCGGGCAAGCUGCUCCUGGUACGCAAGCAGCUGAUGGGCCAGGUCCCUGGAGAGCAGCUGGACCACCAGACCCUCCUUCAGGGCGUGGUAGUACUUGAAGAGUUCUGCAAGGAGCUGGCUGCCAUCGCCUUCGUCAAGUUUCCCCCACAAGGUCCUCAGCUGAACUUCUCCCCGCCCCUGGAAGGACAAGUCUGAGACUCCUGUCCUCAUUGCUGCCCGGAGCUGCCUCCUGCUUGGCCCUGCCAUUGUCUGCAGCUCCCCUCCAAUGUGGGGGCUUCAGCUCCCAGGCUGACUUGGGACCUGGGUCUGUUGAUCACAGCAGCCUAGGUUCCAGUGGGCCUCAGAGGUGCCAGGAACAAAAGAAACCACUUCCCCAGCAGCAUGUGUCCUCCGCCUGCUCAGAGGAGCUGGGUGAUGGCCAGUUUGCACCUGGACCCUGACCCUUGUGUGUUGUCCACACUGUACAGUCCACACUGACUGUGUGUGAUCAGAGCCACAACCAGUAACAACUCCAGGAGUCACAUGGAGACAGCUACUGGCUCCAAGGCCAGCCAGGACUCCAGGCCUGAAAGCUAGGGGUUAGAAGGAGCCCCUGACCAACACAUUUGGUAUCAUGGAAGCUGCUACAACCUGACAGGUUUCUCCCUGCCUUCAUGGUCAAGCUCCAGAGAAGGGACUAUGAAGGGGACUGCAAAGGACGCCCUUUUCCCUGCCCUGCCCUCUCAGCGGCUAUUGCAAAAUUCCCAACCGCCUCGUGGCAAAUGCCCAAAACAUGUUCCUCGCCCAGGCGGGGGCAGCUGCUAAUGAGAACCUCGGGUGCAGCUGCAGCCAGGGUGGGCGAGGGCUGUGGAGCUGCGGAGCUGGGUGCCUGCUUCAGCCCCAGCUGCUUCCUCGCUGGCACCUCCUGAACCCGUCUCAGCAGGUCUACAACACCUGGGUAGCGAGGUCAGUGACCAGGGAGGGCUGGGCCUCAUCCUCCAGCUCCUGCUCAGUGCCUGGAGUUCCUGAUGGGUGGCCCUCCUUGGGGGCACAGGAGCUUGGGGUACAGACCAGGCAGGAUGUACCAACUCCAGACCCCCCGAGGCUCGGCGGAGAGGGGCUGGGCAUGGGCAGCCAGCUCUCCUUGCAUGCCCUCUGCGUUUGGGGCCUGAAUCUGUCUCAACCUGCAGGAGCUCACGGGCGGCGCCAGGCAUUACCUCACAGUGAGACUGCAGUUGCUGGCUCGGCUUCUGGGCAAGGAGGAGCAGGCCAGAGCCCCUUUUGCUUCCUUUUCCUGCCCAUGCCUCUUCUAGAAACUGGGCGCGGGUUGCCAAGAGGCGACAUGAAAUAAGGGGAAACUCAGUGACCUCUAUCUCUCCUGCAUUCCUCCCAGCGGGGGAGGACCCAGCUGCUGCUCCAAAGAACACUAUGCACGCCUGCACACGGUUGCUGGUAUGGGACAAGGGGCAGAUCUCAGUGGGUGAACUGGGCCUGGACUUUGAGAUUCUCCAGAUGUUGGAGGGUCUAGGAGGCGUGGACCCUUCCCUCUAAUCAAUGCACUUUGUUAUUUGCACGGUGUCUUCUCUAGACAGCACAGCAAUAAACAGUGUGGAGUGCGUGGA